CCAGAAGAUAAUCAUGUAAAGCAGUUCUUAUUUCUACGCAAGGAUCUCAAAGACUUCAGCACUGGCGCUCUUGUAGCCCAGGGCUGUCAUGCCGCGAUUGCUGCAAUAGAAAAGUCUAAAGAAGACACAGGAACAAUGGACUAUCUCGGCCUUCUUGAAGAUAUGACCACAGUUGUAUAUGGAAUUGGUGAAAAGGACAUGUGCUCUAUAAUGGAAGGCCUUGAUUCAUUUGGAGUUAAGUAUCAUCUUUGGCUUGAAAAUAGACAAAUCCCUACCUGCAUUGCAACUGCUCCUGUAGAUUUGUUCCAAAACAAGUCAUUUGAUAAAUUCCGAAAGAAAUUUAGAUUGUUUUGA